GUAGUCCAUAGUAAGUGUAUAUAUAAACAUUUAUUCUACAAAUCAUUAACACAAAAUUAAGGAGAAACCAAAAAAAAAAAAAAUUCAUAUUCUCUUGACAAAAUCCUUUAUCAGACAAACAAGAUUGAACAUGGAAGAUCAGUUUCCUAAAUUGGAAUCUAGCUUCAUUCAUGAAAAGCUCUUGUCUUCUGGAUUCUAUGGGUUCUUGAGUUCCUCGACGCCACCGCAACUUCUCGGUGUUCCAAUAAUCUUGGAAGGUAUGAUAUCUCCUCCUCUUCCUUCGUCUCAAAGCUACUUUGCGUCUCUUCAUGAGGUCACAUCAUCUGUUCAUCAACAAUCUCCGGUAGCUUCUGUUCCUUGGAACUUUCUAGAUUCUUUUCCUCGAUCUCAACGUCCUGAUGAUAUUCAUCAUCCUUCUAAACCCCCAAACCUUUCCUUGUUCCUCAAAGAACCAAAGCUUCUAGAACUUUCUCAAUCCAAUAGUAACAUGAUGCCUUACUAUAACUAUAUUCCAAACUCUCUCCAUCAUGAGUCGGAUCAAACCAGAAGCGAGUGGGUCGAUAUUAAUAAAGCCCUUACAAACUAUCCUUCAAAAGGGUUUGGAAACUAUUGGCUGAGCACCACCAAGACUCAGCCUAUGAAGCUUGCGUCAGGGACAAGAACAAGAAAAGUUGUGCAGACGACAACACCAACGAAGCUGUAUAGAGGAGUGCGACAAAGACACUGGGGGAAAUGGGUGGCGGAGAUUAGGCUUCCGAGGAAUAGAACUCGUGUUUGGCUCGGCACUUUUGAGACCGCUGAGCAAGCCGCAAUGGCUUACGAUACUGCAGCUGAUAUCCUUCGUGGCGAGUACGCACACCUCAACUUUCCCGACCAAAAACACCAGCUUAAGUCUGGUCCCUUGCGAUGCAUGAUCGCCUCGCUUUUGGAUUCGAAGAUACAACAAAUCUCCGCCUCACAGGUAAUAAGUCCUGGUAACUCUCCUAAAGUGGCCGGAACAUCGGAGCCCAAAAAUAACAUCAAGACGGAGUCAGGAGAAGUUGUGAUGAUGAAGAAACAGAAAAGCAAUAAGGAAGUGAUGGAAGGAGAUGGUGUGCAACUGAGUAGAAUGCCUUCAUUGGAUAUGGAUCUCAUUUGGGAUGCUCUCUCCCUUCCUCAUUCUUCUUGACUUUAAAUUAAUGUCACAAGCUUAAUUUUUUGUCAAAAAUGUCACAAGCUUAACUACUUCUGUCUUCUUUUUUUAAUGUCUGUUAAAGAAAAAAAUUCAUAUUUUGAUGCCAAGAUUCAAGAUUGGUUCGCAUUAGGGGCUGGACACAUUGUAUUUCUCUCAACAUUGUAUUUCUUCUCACAACCACAUAUUUAAGUGGUUCUCGUUUUUUGUUUGCUAAUUAAAUGUUCUUUUCUAUAUGGUGGUUAAUAGUAACC